AUGCUUUCUCUCUUGAUCUCGUUUGCUCAGACCCAAGUAAAUGAACAUCCUAUUAGAUUCAUUAUCAUUCUACUUCUCUUACUGCCAUUGUCGUAUCUUGUGACCAAUGAGUUCAUACGAAAGAAGGCAAGAAUACCAGGAUUCAAUGGACCACCAGGAAAGCCAGUCUUUGGAAACAUCCCUGAUAUUAAGUACAACGCUGCCGAGAAGGUUACUAUUCCCCCGGCAUUAUACAUUGCGUGUGUCAUUGCUGACUUUCUGGANAAGUAUCGAGAAUGGUCAAAGACCUAUGGCGAUGUGUAUCAAAUCCAACUGGGAAACAUUCCAGUCAUCGUUUGCAACUCAGCCGAAGCCUGUCGAGUUUUGUUUGGACAUUUCUCACAGGCUCUCAGCUCGAGACCGGUCCUCUACACUUUUCACAAAGUAUGUGUUAAGUUGGUACGGCCUUUAGACUUGACUGACUUGAAGCCUAGNGUAUUAUCCAACACGGCAGGAACCACCAUCGGCACAUCACCAUUCAGUGACAGCCUCAAACGUCGUCGUAAAGGUGCUGCAUCUGCACUGAACAAGCCUUCGGUCAACAGCUAUCUUGGUCAUCUGGACGUAGAGACUCUGGCAUUCGUCAAAGAAGGUCUGGAAUAUGGAGCUGCUGGUACACAAUCUGUAGACCCAAUGCCUAUGAUUCAGCGCCUGAGUCUUAGCUUGGCUCUGACACUGAACUGGGGAACUCGUUUGGGCAGCCGGAAUGAUCCUCUGUUUCACGAAAUCACAGAGGUCGAGGAAGAAAUUUCAAAGUUCAGGAGCACAAGUGGCAACAUGCAAGACUAUGUGCCAUUUUUACGUCUAAAUCCAUUUAGCGUUGGCUCCACGAGAGCUAGGGAGAUGAGACAGCGCCGAGACGUGUACUUGACCAAGCUGAAUAAAGACCUGGACGAUCGCAUNGGAAAGGGAACGCAUAAGCCCUGCAUUCAGGCCAAUGUCAUCCAGGACAAGGAAGCAAAACUCAACAAAGAAGAGCUCACAAGCAUCAGCUUGACUAUGCUGAGUGGAGGACUCGAUACUGUGACGACACUGGUCGCAUGGAGUAUCGCACUUCUUGGACAAAGACCGGACAUCCAAGAGAAGGCCAUACGAGAGAUUCGUAAGAUGUUUAGCGAAGACGAGAUACUUUGCGCACCAGAGGACGAAAUGAAGUGCGAAUAUGUGAUGGCCCUUGUCAAGGAGUGUCUGAGGUAUGAGAAAGCAGAAUUGAUACUUGGGACCUAUGACUUACAGCAUACNAGGUAUUAUACAGUUUUACGGUUGGCACUUCCUCGAGCCACGGUAAAGGACAUCACAUACGAAGGCAAGCUGAUCCCUGCGGGGACAACAAUAUAUCUGAAUGCGUGGGCGUGCAACAUGGAUCCAGCCGUGUGGAAGGACGCUGAGGUAUUCAGACCAGAAAGAUGGCUAGAGCAGCCAGACGCACCUCUGUUCACGUACGGAGUUGGGUAUCGGAUGUGUGCAGGAAGCUUGCUGGCAAACAGAGAGCUGUAUCUCGUGUUCAUGAGGAUGCUGAGCUGCUUCGAGAUCGAAAAGGGGACAGAAGUGGAAACACAUCCAGUAAAGGGCAGUUCGGACCCAACGAGUCUGGUGGCGCUGCCACAUCGCUACGAGGUCAAGUUCAGGCCUCGAAAUGAAGGCAAGCUGAAAGAGCAAAUAAGAGCAAAAGAGAAGGUUUUGGGCGAGUGCUGA